AUGGUCUCCAAUUCGUCGCCCUUUUCAAAGACGUAUGUGAAUUCACCGUUGAAUGCUGCCUGUGAACAAGGUUAUACGAAUAUAGUAAAACUUUUAUUAGAGAACAAUGCAGACGUCUUUCAGUAUGAUAACGAUGGAAAAUCUCCAUUACAUGUUGCAUGUGUCGGAAAACACAGAGACAUAGUUAAACUCUUAAUUGAGAAAAAAGCUAACGUUUCUCAAUAUAAUAGCUAUGGAGUUUCACCGUUGUAUCUUGCUUGUAGAGAAGGUGAUGCGGAAAUAGUAAAACUUUUACUUGAAAACGGAGCAGAUCCCUUACAAUGUUUUAAGUCUAAAAACCAAUCACCGUUGUAUAUUGCUUGUGAAAGACGACAAACUGAAAUAGUCAAGAUUUUGUUAGAAUACAAUGCUGAUGUGUUGGAGUGCAACCUAAAUGGGGAAUCGCCUUUAUAUGUUGCCUGUAAAGAAGGAUGCGUAUGGAAAAGAUGGCCAACAGAUACCAGAGAAAUUAUUGUAGAAACCCUAAUUAAGUAUAAUGCUAAUGUCAACCAGUGUGAUUUAAACGGGCGGUCGCCUUUGUAUAUAGCAUGUGAACGAGGAAAUUUUCAUGUAGCACAACUGUUGUUAGAGAACAAAGCUGAAGUCUAUCAAUAUGACAAAGAUGGUAUAUCUCCAUUUUAUAUGGCUUGCAAAGGCGGACACACACGAAUAGUGAAACUCUUACUAGAGCUCAAUGCUGAUAUUUUACAUUCUAAUAAUUUUAAACAAUCGCCGUUUUUUAUAGCUUGCAAGGAAGGGCGUAUACAGAUCGUGGAAAUUCUUUUGGAGAAUAAAAUUGGUGUCUGCCAGAAUGACGACGAAGAUAGAUCCCCUUUCCUUAUGGCAUGUGAAAAUGGGCACACUGAUAUAGUUGAACUAUUAAUACAAAACAACGCAGACAUUUCUCAUUGUAAUAUGUAUGGACAAUCCCCUUUUCUGAUGGCAUGUAAAGGAGGAUAUGCAGACAUUGUGCAAAUUCUACUUAUGAAAAAUAUUAGAGUUUCACAAUGCGAUGUGACUGGGCUAUCUCCAUUACUUAUGGCAUGCAAAAUGGGGCAUUAUGAUGUUGUUGAACUAUUGAUAAAAAACAAUGCUAAUAUCAAUCAGUGUGAAAGAACAGUUGGAUGGUCGCCUUUGCAUUAUGCUUCUUUUGGUGGACAUACAGAUAUUACUGAACUCUUGAUUAAAAACAACGCAAAUAAGGAGAUAUAUGAUGACGAGGGGUUAACGCCAGAGGAUGUGUUUGACCAAGAAUUUGCUGAUCCGUAUUACGAAAAUAUAAAUAUUUAG